AUGGCCGACAAAUCAGCCGAUUUGCCCGCUAUAAACCCUCUCCAAUACGCUCCCUGGUACCCUCGCAAGCCUCGUGGGAAUGCUCAAGCUCGAAUAGGAGCUCCUAUGGGACGCACCAAGGAACAGGCAGCGGCUAAUUUCAUGGCUUUUCAACGUACUAUCCCUAGCUCAGAUAUUAUAAUGUUUUCAGAUGGAUCUAGGCUAGCAGACGGACGUGCAGGGGGUGGCUAUAUUGGACUUCAAGCACACCAUCAGUUCCUCCGCUCCUCACUCUCAUACGGACACGGGAAAGAGGUCUUCAACGCAGAAGUAGAAGCAGCUCUAGCUAGCGCUCAAGCAGCAAUAGUAUACCCAACAGCUCAAUUUACUACCAACCUAUGGAUCUGCUUUGACAACCUGGAAGUUGCCAUACGCCUUUUAUCUCCCUCUACAGGAUCUUCCCAAGAAAUCUUUGAAUCCUUCCGCACCCUUGCAGCCGCCUGGCCACUUCGCAAAAGGCUUCCUCACACCAAAAGCGGAUCUAUCUAA